UACCUCCUAUGUAGAGCGUUUAACAUUAUCGAAUAUUUACACGGGUGAUACAUGUAUAAUUAAGGAUUUUAAAGACAAUUAUCCUUUCUUUCUCUUGCUUUUAUCUUGAAUCUCUGCUUUGCAAUCAAUGGGUAGGAUCGAUUCAGCUGCUAUAUUUACCGUGAAUUUAAAAUUACAUGUGUUAAACAUAAAUCAUUUGACAGUAAAGCUAAAUGCUAAUCUAAACAAUGCCAGUGUGUGGAUUUUCAAACUCAGAUUUAUAUCUGCUUCCUGUUGUUUUUUUCUUUUUUUCACCUACAAGGUAUCAAGUCUUCUCUAGUAGCAUAGGUUGAUUGGUUGGAGCUUAACACAGUUUGGACAAUAUCAUAGCUAUUUUAUGGCACAAUAUAAACACAAUAUGAUCGGUUUUGAAGAGUGUUGGAGCAGCAUAGGAAUUAAACAGAACAGAUAGACAGUAUAUAUAUCAAUAUUACUUUUGUGAACUUUUGCAUCGUUUGUCACCUUGUGUCAGUACUUUUAGUACCUUGAUUAUCUAUACAUAAUGUAAACAUAUCCCGGCUUAUUUUUUAUGAACGGAUUGAUUGUUCUGAAGUAAAUGUUAGCAUAGCUACCCAACUUGAAUUUGGUCAAAACAAACUUUUAAAAUAUUUAAACAAGAGCUAUCACGCAGGUAAUGCAUACUGGCUGACACGCCACACAGGUAUUUGAUCAGGAGACUAGACGGAGGGUUGAAAUAACGGAGAGGCCAUACUGGAUCUACAGAAAAUGAACAAAGAUCAGCUCAAUGAAAUGUGUGGUUCUCUGUCGCCAUUAUCAAUUGACAAGGAACAAGAUGGCGAUACAAUGAAGUCAGCAGAAGCUGUAUCGUCUCCUCCAGUCAAACCACUGCUUGAUGAGCCACGCCUCACCGCCACCAUAGACACUGGGUAUUUAGAACUGUGUAGUGUUAGCUGUAUCGGUGAAGAUCAAGUCUGGACAUGUGGACGUAAGAAAAUCAUGAAGCUUUUCAAUCUUCAGGGUAAACUACUGACAUCAAUACAAACCGAGUCAGGUUACACACCACAGGACAUAGCAGUGACACGAGCCGGAGAUCUUAUUUUUACUGAUGAUAAAACUGUAAACCUGUAUAAGAAUAAACAGCUGCAGACCGUGAUCACACUACAGGGGUGGGAACCUCUCAACGUCUGUAGUACCUCCAAUGAUGAUCUCCUGGUUACCAUGAUCAGUGAUGACUACAAACAAUACAAAAUUAUUCGUUAUUCUGACUACAUAGAGAAGCAAAGCAUUCAGUUUGAUGAUCAGGGUCGUCCUCUCUAUUCAUCUGAUUAUGACGAUAAAUACAUCUGUGAGAAUAGGAACCUGGAUAUCUGUGUGGCUGACCGUGAAGCUAGAGCAGUUGUGGUGGUCAAACUGUCAGGAAAACUCCGAUUUAGAUACACUGGUCAUCCCUCUGAUACCAAGCAACCAUUUAAUCCAGCAGGCAUCGCUACAGACAGCCAGAGUCGCAUCUUAUCAUCAGACUGCGACAAUGACCGUAUCCACAUCCUAGAUCAGGACGGACAAUUCCUCCGUUACAUUCAGAACUGUCAGUUAGACUGUCCUCGUGGUUUAUGUGUGGACAUCAGAGACAAUCUCUUUGUGGCUGAGCGUGACACUGCUCAAGUGAAGAAAAUUCAAUAUCUGUAAACACGAUAUUAACUUCACAUCUCAAGACAGUGAUAAUUACAUAUCUAAUCAAAGUGUUAAUGACAAAUGUAAACACAGAGUUAAUUACAUAAUUAUUUAUAAAGAGUAAUAUCUACAGCUGCUUGUUAAUUACAUAUCUUGUUAAUUACAGUCAUGUGUUAAUUACAGUCAUGUGUUAAUUACAGUCCUGUGUUGAUUACAGUCGUGUGUUAAUUACAGUCGUGUGUUAAUUACAGUCGUGUAUUAAUUACAGUCGUGUGUUAAUUACAGUCGUGUGUUAAUUACAGUCCUGUGUUAAUUACAGUCCUGUGUUGAUUACAGUCCUGUGUUUAUUUUUUUUCUGAUGUUGACGGUGUGUAUUUAGCGUGUACUUGUGUUUGUGAGUUUAACUGAUUGAAAUUAGUCUGUUUGUGAUUAUAUCUUACUAUAAAUGUAUUACUAUUU